AGGGCUCGCCCGGUUAGCGAGGUCGGGCUACGCCCGUGGUCAAUGGGUCUACUCGUCUUUGGGAAGUGGCGAGAGCGCGCCGCUGCUGCUCGAGCAUUCCUCCCACUUUCGCAACCCUCUCCAGUCUUCUCGAGAGGUGAACUCACGCCCUCGUAUUUGAUCUUAGAAUGGAUUAGUGGCAGUCUGGAUUUUGUGUGUUUUUGCGUCGUGUGCUUGAGUGGGAGCUGUUUCCUGUUAGUUUCAGCUCUGGAUUUUGAAAUUCGCGGUUAUUAGUGAAGCUUGUUUCGGAGCUAUUAUUGUUUCUGUUUAUGGUUAUUUGAUCGAACAGUUGGUAGGUGUAAAUGAUUUCAUAAUUAAUGGAGCUUGCUUAUGGGUUAAGCAAGCUUUAUUAAUAAGUAGGCUGUGAAAGAUUACUUUUUUUUUGCAUUUUUCUUUUUAUGAUUUCAGAGAUUGAGGAACCUAUCUUAUUAUUUGAUUCCGUUUCUUAAUCUGAAAAAUUAUGUUCUGCUAAAUGGGAAAUGCUCUCUAGCUCGGGGCUUCCAGCAUUUGUUAUUGGUGACAUUUGUUUAACUGUGGCAAUGAAUAUGCAACCAUCACAUAUUUCACUGCUCUUGAUUAGGUUUUGAGUUGCAGAGUUAUUUAUUCUUGGGUGUCAUAUGCCAUUAGUACCGUGGGGGAACAGGUUCAACUUCAGAGUAGCUCUGCAAUUGAGGAGCAAGUAGACCCCUUUUCUCUUGUUGCUGAUGAACUAUCGAUUCUCGCGGAUCGCUUGAGGUCCAUGGUAGUUGCGGAGGUUCCCAAGCUUGCCUCAGCUGCAGAGUAUUUUUUCAAAUUGGGAGUUGAAGGAAAAAGAUUCAGACCCACUGUCCUUUUAUUGAUGGCAACGGCUCUAGACUUACCAAUCCAAAGGCAGACAACAGAGGCUGCAGUCAAUGCCCUGUCUUCAGAGUUGCGUACAAGACAACAGUGCAUUGCUGAGAUUACAGAGAUGAUCCAUGUUGCUAGCCUCCUCCAUGAUGAUGUGUUGGAUGAUGCUGAUACAAGGCGGGGUAUUGGCUCUUUGAACUUUGUUAUGGGAAAUAAGUUGGCUGUGUUGGCUGGAGAUUUUUUGCUAUCUAGAGCUUGUGUUGCUCUUGCUUCCUUGAAAAACACAGAGGUUGUUUCUCUCCUGGCUAAAGUCGUGGAACAUCUAGUCACUGGUGAGACCAUGCAAAUGACUAUUACAUCUGAUCAGCGCUGCAGCAUGGAAUACUAUAUGGAAAAGACAUACUACAAAACUGCGUCAUUGAUAUCCAAUAGUUGUAAGGCUAUUGCCCUUCUUGCUGGACAAACGUCAGAUGUUUCAAAUUUGGCUUUUGAGUACGGCAAGAACUUGGGGUUGGCAUUUCAGUUAAUUGAUGAUGUUCUUGAUUUCACCGGCACAUCAACUUCCCUCGGGAAGGGGUCCUUGUCCGACAUUCGCCAUGGGAUUGUCACCGCUCCUAUAUUGUUCGCUAUUGAGGAAUUUCCUGAACUUCGGGUGAUUGUCAACCAAGGAUUUGAAAAGUCUUCAAAUGUGGACCGGGCUCUAGAAUAUCUCUCAAUGAGUAGUGGAAUCCAAAGAACUAGAGAGCUAGCAGCAAAGCAUGCUAGCCUUGCAUCAGCUGCAAUCGACGCCCUUCCAGAAAACGGGGACGAGGUUGUUCAGAGGUCGAGGCGGGCGCUUGUAGAAUUAACGCAUAUAGUCAUCACCAGAACAAAGUAGAACAGAUAUACAAAUAUGAUUUAGAUCAUUCUGGCAGUCACAAGAUCGUAUCUAGGACAGUUUUCCCUCUCCUAUUUUCGGUUGCACAAGACAAGUGCUAAUUCGAUCCAUCAUUUCCCCGAAUAAAAAUGUCUUCCACAUGAAAUUUUCUCCUGUGAGAAUGAGAAGGGGUCCUCUUUAGCUUGAAUUCUUUGUUGCAAUCGAUCAAUUAGAUACUUGCAACAUUUUGUAUUUGGUGGUUUGAUUCUUUUCUCAAUUGUUUUUGCAAUAAUUUUGCUUUUUGAA